UCACCUUGCUCCAUUGUUCUCUUGGAAAACAGUAUGUCUAUGCGUUGCGCCAGUGUAAUAUUGUAUCAUUUCAGACUAUGAAAGCAUGCGUUUGUUCUAUGAAAUAUUCGCCCAUACAGUUGUCAAAUUGUGAAGGACCGAGUGAAAUCCAACGAUGCACACCCACGCUCACUUCUUGCUGCGAAACCAAUACCUCAAACUGCAGACAGCGAAUCUAAAAGGAGUGGAGGCCAAGCCAGUAAGUCACAGCCUGCUUGAAUGGGAGGCUAAAGUGGAAGGACUAAAAGACACGUUGUGGGAAGGUGCUGUUUUGCUGCUGACAUUGCAUUUCACUGAGUCUUACAACUCAGUCCCUCCAACCGUGGAAUUCAACGCCAUCCCUUUCCACCCCAAUGUGGACAAGGACACAGGUAGCCCGUGUAUCCCCUGCCUGGACAGCGAGUGGAACCCCAGCAUCUCAAUCAGCACUAUUCUUCUGAGAAUCCAGACCAUGCUGUCCAACCCAGUCCUGGAGGGAGCGGUGAACCCCGAAGCUGCUGACAUGCUCUGGUCCAGCCCAUCCACCUACCACCGUGUGGUGCUGGAAUGUGUCAGGGCCAGCCAGGAACUGGAGAGGACCAGGAAAGCUGUGCAGUUGAACUCACAAAACAGGCUUGUGAGGAGAAUCUCCUUUGAGGAUUAUCUGAAGACAUGGACAAAGAUGGCCACCACUAAAGCUGGCUCGUGGAUGAGGAAGGAAUCCCUGGAGGAUCUCAUCAAGCGCCCUGAGACCUUUGCCAUGUAUUAUGGGACACCAGACAAGGACUCUCCCAUGGGGACACAGUGUGAAACGUUCCGAGCCUUAAUGUAUGGUACCGUGCACCAGCCUAAGAAGACCAAACCAGGGAGACAGGCGAGGAUGGACCAAAUGAGAAAGAUUUACCUCCUCUACAGAACACCAGACAUGCUGACCCCUCAGGUGAAUGUGCAGAGAGACUCCAUGGCCACCAGGGGUCUCUGUCGAGCACAUGACAGACAGCAACAGGACCUCUGGGAGAACGAGGUGGACAAACUGGUGGCCUGGACACACUCACUGUCAUUCAAGGAGUUGGAGGAGGAGUGAUGCCUACACACACCUCGCAAUUAGAUACACUUGACCAAUAAAAUGUGAAAACUUCUUGUACUUUAUUAUUAUAUAAAAUAUUUUCUUCUUCUUGAACUGCACUGUUGGUUAAGGGCUUGUAAGUAAAGCAUUUCACUGUAAAGUCUACACUUGUUGUAUUCGGU